AACUAUACUCUUUAAGUUUAUAUAAAAUUACCAAUCAUAAAUAGGAUAUAUUUGGAUCGAUGAUCAUUAUCCCUUAUUUUUUUUGUUGAUAGAAAUGUAAUAGAAAGAGGUUAGGGGAGGGGAUCGAGAAGGAAGGGAUUAAUGAAUAUCCUAUUCUCAUAGUUUCUUUAACUAUGUAACUUAUUUCAAAACUAAGUUAUAUUGUAUGUUGUAUAAUCAAGUCUAUUUAAAUCAAUAGAUAGAAAAUUGUUGGUAAAUAAAAACCAUCUGUUUUAUAAUUUAGUAAAAUAUUAUCAUUAGUAUUUUUCAUUAUCUUUAUCACUUUUUCUUUUGAGGGAUUAGUUAAAUCAUUAAACAUGCCUGAAGAAACAGAAGUUAACAGUGGGAUAACAGAGAAUAAAACUGUUGAAACAAUAGAAGUGAUAAAGGAAAAUGUUAUUAUUUCAGAGAAAGAAAUUAAAACUUAUAAAUGUAUAACUCUUGGAGCAUUUGGUGGUUCAAAACAUAUUAGAAUAGAUAUGAAUGAAAUGAAAUCAGUAGGAAAAAAUGAAAUUGCUAUUGAUGUACAAGCAUGUGGUAUCAACUUUCUUGACAUAAUGACAAGACAAGGUUUAAUUGAUCAAGCAAUGAAACCUCCAUUUAUUCUGGGAUCUGAAUGUACUGGAAUUAUUAGUGAAGUCGGUGAAAAAGUGACAACUUAUAAGGUUGGUGAUCCAGUUGUAGUUCUACUUGAUAAUGGUGCUUGGAGUGAACGUCUUGUAUUACCAAUUAUAGAAAAAUCUAAUACUGAUCAAACAAAUUCAGCAACACAAUCUGGAGAUGUUGAAUGUACGGAAUCAAAUGAAUUUGGAAAGAUCAAGUCAAUUAUACUACCAAGACCAAAAACAUUAGAUGUUAAUAAAGCUGCAAUUAUUAGCUUUGCUUAUAUUCCAGCUUAUAUAUUAACUUAUCAUAUACUUAAUGUUCAUUCUGGUGAUGUAGUUUUGAUAUUUUCAGCUGGUGGUGGAGUAGGAACUGCUUUAGGACAAUUAAUGAAACUUAUACCAAAUGUAACUUUAAUUGGUAUUGCUUCUAAGUCGAAACAUGAAAAGUUAACAAAAAUUUAUGAUAUAUUGUUAGAACCUGAUCAAGAUUGUGUAACAGAAAUUAAAAAACUUUAUCCUAAUGGAAUUGAUGCAAUUUUGGAUUGUAUAAGUGGACCAGAUACAAAUAAAUUGUAUGGUAUAUUAAAACCAUUAGGAAAGCAUGUCAUUUAUGGUAUGUCAAACUUAGUCACUGGAGAUAGGAAAAAUUUUUUAAAUUUAGCAAAACAUUGGUUUCAUAUAGAACGUAUUAAUCCGUUGAAAUUACACGAUGAAAAUUUACUGUUAGGUGGAUUUUCAUUAAAAUCACUUCUCUUCUCUCGUGAUCCUAAUCAAACAGAAACGAAUAAAUUAAUUAUUGACGUAUGGAAUGAAUUAACAAAAUUAAUCGAUAGUCAAAAAAUUGAUCCAAUAGUUGAUAGUCAGUGGUAUUUAGAUGAGACUAAAGAGGCUAUGAUGCGUUUACAAGAAAGGAAGAAUAUCGGUAAAGUUGUUUUAAUUCCUAAAUUGAAGGAAAAGGAAGCUGAAGAAGUGGUUGAAAGUACUGAGAAGCCGACAACAGAUGAGACGACAACAAAUUCAACAGCUAAAUAGUCAAUUUCUUAUGAAUUACUAAAUAAACAAAAACAAAAACAAACUGCUUGAUUUAUUAUUUGUUUUGUCUUCCUGUCAUAAUUUGUGUUGCUGUUUAUGUGAUAUAUGUUAAAUGAUCACUUCAUCAGAAGAUAAAUUCCAUAUUCCAACAACAACAAAAACAACAACAACGACAACAACAAUAAAGAAAAAGAGCAACUAAAUGUGACUAAUGAAUGUUCCAUAUUAGAUGAAGUCUUCAUAAAGUCAUUUCUCUUUAUCUUUUCAUCUUUUUUUUUAAUGUUGUGAAGAGCUAUUAGUUGAUAUCAAUAUAUAAACAUUAUUAUCGUAUGUCAAUAUGUGAUUUAUAUACAAUUAUCUUAUUUAAUGUUUUUCUAUUGAAAAAUAUUCAUCAUGUGUUUUGUUUGAUUUCGUUUUUUUUUGUUCGUCCGUUUGUUUGUUUGUUUUGUUUUGUUUUUGAAUAAACAAAAUUAUUGAUUUGUCAUUUUCAAUGUUCAAUGUUAUGUGAUAUGAUACAUUUUGUUAUUUUUCAUUAGUUUUCUUUUUCUUUUUUUUUUCUUUUUUCUUUUUUUAAAAAUUUUUUUCAUUUAUUUGUUUGUUUAAAAUGGUGAUAUUUGUUGAUUAAUAAUGGAAAUGAAAUUUUUGUGCUUGUUUUUUUUUUGUUUUGUUUUGCUUUUAAAUGUACUUUAUCAUCAAUAUCAUUGUUAUCAUUAAAAUGACUAUUAUAAUGUUACAGAUUUUUAGAUAACUAUAUUCUUUCAUUUGAGUGUUUCAUUGAAACUAGUAUCCUCUUGUUAGUAAAGUUAUUUAAAUAGUUAAGUAUAUAGUUUUGAGUAAAGAGAAAUAAAUAUGUACUAUGAUUGAUAUAAAUCAACUUGAUUUAAUUUGAGGUAAUUAAUGAGAAAAAGAACUCUUGAAUAGACUAGCCAAACUGAACCCAAUGAAUAUCCAUGCUACAAUUAUAAACCGUCUUAUAAAUUUUAUAACAUUAACAAUAAAAAAAAUCAGCAUGUCCAUCAG